AUGAUUGUGACCACUAAUAUCUCGAUCUCACCUGAGAAAACUAAGGCUGCUAUCGACAAAGCCCUUGAGAAAGUAGCCACACAGCUCCGUGAAUUGAACAAUUAUAUUUGGUCAAAUCCCGAAUUGGCAUACGAAGAACACAAAGCGCAUGACGCUAUUUGCGACUUCCUUGAAAGCCAGGGAUUCACAGUCACACGGCAUGCAUAUGGAGUGGACACAUCUUUCGAAUGUAUCAGCGGAAGUGAGGGCCGACUUAUAAACUUCAACGCUGAGUAUGAUGCAUUGCCUGGUAUCGGCCAUGCCUGUGGCCACAACCUCAUCGCCACCAGCAGCAUUGCAGCCUUUUUAGCCUUGAGCUAUUUGCAGAAGGAGCUUGGAAUUAAAGGUAGAGUUCAAUUACUUGGUACUCCUGCUGAAGAGAAUGGUGGUGGUAAGGCCAAAUUGAUCGAUGCUGGGGCUUAUGAGGGCGUCGAUAUCUCUUUGAUGGCCCAUGGUGGACCAAAGAACCUGGUUGGAUCUCCUAGUGAUGGAGUCGCAGGAGUCUUGAUGAAUGCCCGUAAAGAGCUACACGUGGAAUAUUUUGGCAAGAAUGCCCACGCGGGAGGUAAUCCAUGGGAUGGUAUCAAUGCAUUGGAUGCACUAGUUCAGGCAUACAAUGGAGUUUCGACCCUGAGACAGCAUAUUCUCCCCGAGGAACGAAUUCAUGGGGCCUUUCUAGAUGUGCCAAAGACUGCCAACGUCAUUCCGGCGUACACAAAGUCCUACUGGCAAAUUCGAAGCCCAAGUUUGCAGGGUCUCAACAAGCUCAUUGCCAAAGUCCGUCAGUGUAUGGAAGGGGCGGCUACCACGACAGGCUGCACAAUUAAAAUCAAAGAGGAGGGCCUUUAUACCGACAUUGUUUUAAACGAGACGCUUUGUGAGAGAUACACGAGCCACUUGGCGGGCUACGGAAAGAAGGUCAUUCAGCGGCACGGGCAGGUCCUUACUGGAUCUUCAGAUGUUGGCAAUGUCAGCUACGUCGCACCAACCCUUCAUUCUAUGUUCGCCAUCCCCACACCGGAGGGUUGUUUCCCGCACCACCCAAGUUUCACGGCUUGUGCUGGAACUGAUGAAGCCCACGAGGAAGCGAUUCUUACUGGAAAGGGGUUGGCUCUGGUUGGGUGGGAUAUGAUGACUGACGAUAGUCUUUAUGAGUUGGCGAAAGCACAGUGGGAGGGACAGCUCCCUGCCACUGCUUCUCAAUCGUGA